AUGGCGCCUGGUGUUCUUUCCUACUCUUCUUCGGGCACGUCGCCUUCUGCGAGUCCCGUAAUGAUGACCCCGAUCGAUCACUCCGAUACCACUUCCGAUGGCUUCACCAGCUUGUCCGUGGGGCCCCUAGAUGGCGUAGGCCUCAACAUCCACGGACAACCCGCCAACGGUAGUGGUCACUCCAACGGCCACACAAGCGGCAGCGCCGGCAGCAGCUCGAAUACGGCCUACACGAACCCCGUCGGUGGCAGCGAUGCUGGCUUGAAACAGAUGCCCAUCGCCAUUGUCGGCAUGGCUUGUCGUCUGCCGGGCAGCGUCUCCAGCCCUGCCGAAUUCUGGGAGCUGUGCUCCCGCGCCAGAACCGGCUUCACUCCCGUGCCCAAGGAGCGCUUCAACCACGAGGCCUUCUACCACCCCAAUCCUGGCAAGACUGGAGCUUACCACGCCCAGGGCGGCAACUUCCUCGACGUCGACCUGGCUUCCUUUGACGCCCCCUUCUUCGGCUUGACCGAGAAGGAGGCCAUUUCCAUGGACCCCCAGCAGCGCCUGCUGCUCGAGUGUACGUUUGAGGCCCUGGAGAACGCCGGUAUCCCCAAACACACGAUUGUUGGAAAAGACGUCGGUGUCUUCGUUGGUGGUAGUUUCGCCGAGUAUGAGAGCCAUCUGUUCAGGGACAGUGAUACGAUACCCAUGCACCAGGCCACAGGACGCUCCAUCGCGUUCGACCAGCGCGGUACCGGUUUCGGUCGUGGCGAAGGCUGCGGCAUGAUUAUCCUCAAACCGCUUGACCAGGCCAUCAGGGACAACGACUCCAUUCGCGCCGUCAUCCGAGGCACUGGUAUCAACCAGGAUGGCAAGACACCCGGAAUUACAAUGCCCAGUGGCGCAGCACAGGAGAAGCUCAUGAGGCAGGUCUACAGAAACGCGGGACUUGACCCCAACGACUGCGGAUAUGUCGAGGCCCACGGCACCGGCACCAAGGUCGGUGACCCGAUUGAGGCCACCGCCAUCCACAACGUUAUUGGCCAGAACAGGUCGACCAAGGACCCCCUCUUUAUCGGCUCCGUUAAAUCCAACAUUGGCCAUCUUGAAGCGGCCUCCGGUAUUGCUGGGGUCAUCAAGGCCGCCAUGAUGCUGGAGAGAGGCUUCCUUCUCCCCAACCACGACUUCAAGAAGCCUAAUGAGAAGAUCCCGUGGAAAGAGUGGAACAUGAAGAUCCCUGCCACCCAGAGACCCUGGCCCAAGAACAAGAAGUACAUUAGCGUCAACAACUUUGGUUUCGGCGGCACCAAUGCCCACGUGGUCCUGGAGAAGGCGCCAUUCUUCCCUGAGCCCAAGAAGGACAGGACUCUUCCUGCCCCUGAAAUCAAGAAGGUCAAGGGUUCCAAGAAGAUUUAUGUCUUGUCCGCCAACGACAAGAACUCCGUCAGCUCCGUCAUGAAGAGCCUCGUUGUCUACCUUGAGCAGAGGCCUGAGAUCUUCCAGAACGACCUUAUGGACAACAUCGCAUAUACCCUGGGUACGCGUCGCUCCAUGCUUCCCUGGAGGGUUGCCAUCCCUGCCCAGGACUCUUUCGAGCUCAUCGAGACUCUUAACAGCGGAAAGGUCAUUCCUGGCAAAGAAACCGAGCCGCUGAGAAUUGGCUUCGUCUUCACCGGCCAGGGUGCUCAAUGGUGGGGCAUGGGUCGUGAGCUUUACGGCACAUACCCCAUCUACACCGCCGCCAUCGACAGAGCCGAUGAGUGCCUGAAGAAGCUGGGCGCUGAAUGGUCUCUCGUCGAGGAGCUCAGCAAGGACCAAGAAUCCUCAAGAGUUGGAGAUGCCAACAUCAGCCAGCCGGCCUGCAGUGCCGUCCAGCUUGCAUUGACUGAUCUCCUCCGUACUUGGGGUAUCCGCCCUGUUGCUGUUGCCGGUCACUCCAGUGGUGAGAUCGGUGCUGCGUAUGCUGCCGGCAUCAUCGGCUUCGAGGCUGCCAUGGCCAUUGCCUACCACCGUGGUCGUCUUGUCCCCAUCUUGAAGAAGAGGAACCCCGAUCUGCGCGGUUCCAUGAUGGCUGUUGGAGGUUCAAAGGAGGAAGUCCAGCCCAUGAUCGACGCGUUAAAGCAGCAGCAAGUCAGGAUCGCCUGCUACAACAGUCCUUCCAGUUUGACAAUCUCCGGUGAUACCGAUGCUCUUGUUGAGCUCGAGAAGAACCUCGAGGAGAAGCAGAUGUUCAACAGACGUCUCCAGAUCGAGACAGCAUAUCACUCGCACCACAUGAACCUGGUCGCCAAGGAAUACCGCGAAUCCAUCUCUAAUCUCCCACAUCCCCAGACGACGGAUGUCCGCUUCCACUCUUCUCUCUACGGCCAUCAGAUCGAUGGCUUUGAGUGCCAGGCUCACUACUGGGUCAAUAACCUGACCUGCCCCGUCCGCUUCUCCGAGGCCCUUGAGACCAUGCUGGAGCCUGUUGGCGAACACAAGACUGGUGUCAACAUGAUCAUCGAGCUGGGUCCCCACUCUGCCCUUCAGGGUCCCAUCAAGCAGAUCUUGAAGCACGUUGGAGAGCAUGCGACCAAGAUUCCCUACGUCUCUCCUCUCGUCCGCAAGAAGGAUGCUGUUGAGUCUGCUAUGGACAUGGCCUGCAGCCUCAUCACCAAGGGUGCCAUUCUCAACAUGGACAACGUCAAUUUCCCCACCCUGAAAAAGAAGCCGUCCCUAUUGACUGAUCUUCCCCGCUACACCUGGAACUACCAAAACAAGUACUGGCAGGAGUCUCGCAUGACUCAGAUGCACAAGUACCGCAAGUCGCCCAGGAACGACUUGAUCGGUCUCGAGGCCAUCUACUCCAGUGAUCUUGAGCCCACGUGGAGAAACAUCAUUCAUUUGGACGACCUUCCCUGGCUGCGUCACCAUGCCAUCCAGUCCGUCACGAUCUUCCCCAUCUCUGCUUUCAUUGCCAUGGCUCUGGAGGCCUCCGCCCAGUGGGCGCAGCGCAAGGAGAUGUCGUUUGAGAAGUUCGAGCUCAGAGACGUCUCUGUUAUCAAGCCUUUGGCCCUCCAGGACGCCGAUGUUGAGUUGACCAUUAACCUGCGCCCUCAUCAGGAGACUAACCUGACCGCAUCUGAGACCUGGAAGGAGUUCCGCAUCUGCUCUUGGACUCACGGAAGCGGCUGGACCGAGCAUUGCGUUGGUCUCAUUGCCCUCCAUACCGUCGAGGCCAACGAGGUCGACGGUAAGGAGCAGAAGCUGGCGGCUCUUCGUGGUGCUGAGGCCACCAUGAAGGCCAGUGAGGGCCCCGACGCUGUUGCCGUUGCUGAGACGGACAUUUACGAGCGUCUCAAUGAGCUCGGUGUCGGAUAUGGGCCCUCUUUCCAGGGCAUCAAGGACUGCAAGGCGUCCAACAAGUACGCUAUGGGCAAUGUUUCCUCCUUCGACAUUGCCGGAGACAUGCCCAACCACUACCAGACCAGCACUGUCCUGCACCCUACUUUCUUGGAGUCUGUCAUUCAGAUGUACUGGCCCAUCCUUGGCGCCGGCCGCGUCGACGUCAACACCGUCUACUUGCCCUCUUCCAUUGGCAGAAUGUCCAUCGCUCGUGACAUCACCGCCCUCACCCACACGCCGGGCAGCACCCUCAAGGCUUACUGCAAGGCCGACUUCCCAGCUGAGCCCCGUUCCACCAAGGUCUCUGUGUUCGCCACUGCUGAGAACAACGACCUGGUCAUCGAGAUCGAUGACCUUACCAUCUCUCCCAUUAUUGAUGGCGAGACCGAGCUGGCCAGCAACCCCGCUCGUGAGCUCUGCUACAAGCUUGAGUGGGAGGAUAUUGUCAAGGUUGAUGCUCCUCUGCCCGACGUUGAUGUCGCAAUCAUCCACGGCGACUCCAACGCCCAGCAGACGUUGGCAAACGGUCUCGCCAUCGCCCUCGCCAGCGCUACUUCUAGACUCCCUGAGAUGGGCGGCAUGCAUGAGGUCAAUACCGAGGGCAAGUUGACCAUCGUUCUCACCGAGAUCGAGCAGCCCUUCCUCGCCAACCCCACUAAGGAGCAGUUCGCCGAGGUCCGUAACAUGCUUGCCGGUGUUCAGGGCUGUCUCUGGGUUGUCCGUGGUGCCUACGAUAAAGCCACCUCGCCAGAGUCCAACAUGAUAGUCGGUCUUAGCAGAACCGUCCGCUCCGAGACUGUUCUGCCCUUCGCAACACUAGACCUCGACGACAACAACCGGCUCGACGAGGAUGACUCCUCCGCAGUUAUCUUCGAGAUCUUCAAGCUCGCGUUCGGGGCCAAUGCCUCCUCCACUAGCGAGCUCGAGUUCAUGGAGCGUUCCGGCCGCUUCUUCACUCCCCGCAUCGUUCACGAUGAGGAGAUGAACGAGAUUGUUCACCGGGAGACCAACCCUAGCGUCGUCGAGCUCCAGCCCUUCGGCAAGGACAACAGAUACCUCAAGAUGGAGUUCUCCACCCCCGGUGCCAUCGAGACGGUGCACUUUGUUGACGAUGUCGCUGCCACCCAGCCUCUCGGUGACGACGAGAUUGAGUUCGAGGUCAAGGCCGUUGGCAUGAACCUUCGCGAUGUCAUGCUUGCCAAGGGCCAGAUCCCCGAGGCCAACAAGCAUGCCCUUGGUGUUGAGGCCUCUGGUAUUGUAACCAGAGUUGGCUCUGCUGUCAAGGCCCACAGAGCCGGCGACCGCAUCGCCGCCCUCACCAUCAAGCACGGUGCUUAUGCCACGCGCACGCGCACCACUGCCGCUAACGUCAUGCCUAUGCCCUCCAAGAUGUCUUUCGAGGACGCUUCUACCCUUCCCUUGGCCUACUGCACUGCCUACUACGCCCUGGUCGAGCAGGCGCGCCUCGGUGAAGGCCAACGCAUCCUGGUCCACUCUGCCGGCGGUGGUAUUGGCCAGGCCUCUGUGUGUCUCGCCAAGAUGAUCGGCGCCGAGAUCUUCGUCACCGUCAGCACGGCAGCCAAGAAGAAGCUCCUGAUGCAGCACUACAAUGUCCCUGAGGACCACAUCUUCUACAGCCGCAACACCACUUGGAGGGCUGCUGUGAGGCGCGCCACCCACGAUGAGGGUGUCGACGUUGUCCUCAAUACCCUGCCGGGUGCCGAUGCUCUGAGGGAGAGUUGGGCAUGUCUCAGCCGCUUUGGCUGCCUCGUCGAUGUUCGCAGGAAGGAUGGCUCUCGCUGCUCCCGCCUCGACAUGGGCCAGUCUGACAACAACGCUUCGUUCUUGAGCGUCGACAUCUUUGGGCUCGCCGCCGAGAGGCCCAAGCUCAUGGAGAAACUGGUCGCCGAUGUUUCCAAACUGUUGGCUGACGACCAGCUCCGCCCUAUUGACCCCGCCACUGUCUUCCCCGUGUCCUGCAUGGAGACGGCCUUCAAGACGCUUCAGACCACACAGGGUCCUGGCAAGCUUGUUGUCGUUCCCCAUGCCGAUGAUGUCGUCAUGGCCACUCCCUCCAAGGCUGCGAAGGCUCUGCUUAAGCCCGACGCUACCUACCUCCUCAUCGGCGGUACCGGUGGUCUCGGUCGCAGCAUGGCCAGGUGGAUGAUCGAGCACGGCGCCAGGAACUUGGUUCUCCUCUCUCGCAGCGGUUCCGCCACUGGUAAGGUCAAGGUACUCAUUGACGAGGCCGCUGAGGAGGGAGCCCACGUCACCGUACGCUCCUGCAACGUCGCCGACAAGGCCAGUGUUGAGCAGUUGUUUAACAGCGGUCUCAGAGGUCUGCCACCUGUUCGUGGUGUCAUUCACGGUGCUAUGGUCCUUCGUGACGUUCUCUUCGAGCAGAUGAAGUUCAACGAUUAUACCUCGGUCAUUGAGUCAAAGGUCCAGGGUGCCUGGAACUUCCACCACGCACUCCAGGAACGCCGUACCGAGCUUGACUUCUUCAUCGCCAUCUCCUCCGCUGCCGGGGCCGUCGGUAACCGUGGACAAGCCGCCUACGCCGCAGCCAACUGCUUCCUCAACGCCUUCGUCCAGCACCGUCUCGCCCUGGGACUUCCCGCCACCUCCCUUGAUCUCACCGCUGUUUCUGACGCUGGCUACCUGGCUGAUGGCAGUGCCGAGCGUGCCGCCGAGGUCGCGAAGAAUCUGGGCUCCGACAGUAUUUGCGAGGCCGAGGUGCUUGCCCUUAUCGGCGCCUCCAUCUCUGGCAAGACGUCUGUCUGCAAUCACCACGUCAUCACGGGUAUGCGCAUCACGCCUACCAUCCAGCCAUUCUGGACGCCCGACGCCAAGUUCAAGGCCCUUCGUCUGGCGGCCGAGGAGCUCGCCGCGGCCGAGGCUGGCGCCAAUGGCGCCGUGUCACUCAACGCGGCUCUCAAGGCGUCGCGCAGCGAGGCCGAGGCUAUGGAGGUCGUCUGCCGCGGCCUGGUCGAGAAGAUUGCCGCUGUGCUUAUGAUGGAGCAGGAUGACCUCGAUGUCACCCGUAGCUUGUCGCACUAUCCUCUCGACUCGCUCGUCGCCAUCGAGAUCCGUAACUUCAUCACGCGCGAGUUUGAGUCCAACAUGCAGGUCCUCGAGUUGUUGAGCAGUGGUAGCAUCCAGACCUUGACCAAGGCCGUUUGCAAGAAGAGCAAGCUUUGCGUUGGCUUUGACUGGAGCAAAUAG